GUUGCUGCAGAGAGGAGAAAACAGGCUGUAAUAGAACAAGUGAUGGUGGAUCAAUUAUCCAGAGCUGUUAUAAGCGACCCAGAGCAAUCCACGUGUGCUGAUGUUUACAAGGAAGCUCGUGGUCUUCUGGGACUUGGGACAGCACCAAUGCGGUUUAGAAAAAGAACGCUGCAUGAUACAAAAAUAAGGACCAAAUCAGGAUUAACUGAAAACAUGCUUUCUAACAAGCUACGCUUUGAUAGUAGGAUUGUAUCGAGAAAUGGUCGCGAUGCUUGUAGAGAGUUGAUUGGAUUUUUUUUUGCAUGUGACAGAUCCCUUACUGUGUACGAAUUUCGACAGUUUGGAAGAAAUAGAACAAAUGCCUUGCCUUUCAUUCAGAAGGGAGUUUAUCAACAUCAACGUGGACAAAGGAAGGGAAAAGCUUAUGACCUUAGUGACUUCUAUAUUGGAGCAAACCUAACUUUCCGAAGCGCUGAUCAUAACCUUCCAGAAAGCGUUAAGCAGAACCCAGUUCUCACCCUUCGUGUGAUAAGUAUUGAUGAAGCAGCUCUGGAUUUGCUAAAAGCUUCUAUUGAAUUCAGGCAAGAGUGUUCCAAGCAUGCGGUCGACGACAGCGAAGUUUUCAAAAAGAUUCAAGGUAUACUCAGAGAGACGCUAAGUAAAAGAGGAGUUCGGGUUAUAACAGGCUUAGGAAAGUAUUUCCGACAGGUAGACAAGAACAGAAGUGGUUUUCUUUCUCAGGCAGCCUUUAAAGAAGCUCUAAAAGUAUUCCAUUUGGAAAUGCCUGAAGGGGACUUUGAAUCCUUAUGGCUUAUUCUUGAUGACAGCAAGAAUGAUAAAGUCGACUAUGGAGAAUUUACUCGUGCCAUAUUUGGAGAAAUGAAUGAAUAUAGGAAAGCGUUUGUAAGAAAAGCUUAUAUGAAACUAGAUUUCAACAAAACUGGGAGCGUGCCUAUGGUAGAUAUCAGAAAAUGUUACUGUGCAAAGAAACAUCCUCUAGUUUUCACAGGCAAAGCUACAGAAGAAGAAAUUAAAUCAUCUUUUCUAGAAACGUUAGGAGAGUCCUGCAGCAAUCCCAAUGAAGUGUCCUAUUCUGAGUUUGAAGAUUACUAUGAAGGAUUAAGUAUUGGAAUCAUGGAUGAUGAUGAUUUUGUUAAUAUCUUAAGGAACGCUUGGGGAAUUUAG